AUGUUCCGUGCUUCUACUGGCGUUAUUAGGGAUACUCUGUGCAGACGUGAAACGAAAAUUGUCAAGAGUGUUGCGGUCCCAGCUACAGAUUACAUAUGGAGAUACGACCUAACACGCACGUUUCGUUUAAAUGUACCUGAGAAGAAGAAAUGUGACAAAUCAGUGGAACCAGCCAACCAGAGCGAGACCAGGAAGAUUCCUCCAAUAUUCCCACACGUGGGCAAAGCCUAUAAGCUGGAAGAAGUCAGGAGAUACUCCCCCUUCCAUUUCCCUGGUCAGUCUAAGCUCGAAUGGGUUAUAGCCCGGGCAGAUGACAUCCUCAACUGGGGGCGCAGGAAUUCUUUAUGGCCGAUAACUUUUGGGCUCGCGUGCUGUGCGCUGGAGAUGAUGCACUAUGCUGGACCCAGGUACGAUAUGGAUCGUUUCGGUAUGGUGUUCCGGGGCACACCACGACAGACAGACGUGAUUAUCAUCGCUGGUACUGUCACUAACAAGAUGGCUCCCAUUUUACGUAAAACGUACGAUUUGAUGCCGGACCCUAAGUGGGUAGUGUCUAUGGGUACUUGUGCCAAUGGGGGUGGCUAUUACUAUUACACUUAUUCCACUUGCCGCGGAGCAGAUAGAAUUAUACCGGUGGGUCGAUAUAUACGUGCCAGGCUGUCCACCGACGGCUGAAGCCCUCCUAUAUGCCAUGCUUUUACUGCAGAAAAAAGUAAAGCGUAUGAGAGUCUGUCAGGUUUGGUACCGGCAUUAGUGUAAUGCCG